CUCUCUCCCCAGGAUCCCAUCUCUCCCAAAUCUCUCUCCCCAACCUCUCCCCAAGCAGGCGGCGCGCUCCCACCUCGCCUCCGGCCGCGUCCCACCUCGCGGGCUGCCCCGGCCCCGCCUGCACCCACCAGCGGCCCGCCCGCGCCCCGCCCCAGCUCUGCCCGCGCCGGCGCCCGCGCCCCACCAGCGCCUGCGCCGGCGGCCCGGCCCAACCUCGUCUCCGGCCGCGCUCCGCCCCGCCUGCCAUGGUUUCGUCGCGCACCCACCACAUGACCGCCUCCUCCCCUCCCACCUCCACCCCCAAUGGCGGAUGCUAAUCGACCCACUCUUGUUCCGCUCGAAGCAGCCCCAGACCGACGCCGGGCCAGGGGUCGGCGCCCGUGGCGAGCUGAGAGGCGGUGUCUUCACCAAGUCCGGCGCCGGCAAGGGUUUCGCGUCUCGCGUGUAGGUUGUGGUCUAUCAGCUGUAGACGCGAGAUUUGUCUUUGCUUGAAGUGGUUCACAGUAAAACGGAGACGGGUUAGCGUUGUUCCUGAAAUCUGUUGGUUCAUGGGGAGUCAGACAAUGGCAUCACAGGCUGGGGGAGGAGGCGGGGGCGGCAGUGGCAGUGCUGGCGCAGUGCAACGCGGGCAGAUGCAGAACCUGGCAAGACAAGGGUCUCUGUAUAGCCUCACCCUUGACGAGGUGCAGAGCCAUUUGGGAGAACCCCUGCAUAGCAUGAACCUUGAUGAGUUGCUCAAGAGUGUCUUUCCUGAUGGUCUGGACCAUGAUGGUGGCACUACCAGUCAGUAUGAGCAGACUUCAAGCCUCUUGAGACAGGGGAGCAUCACCAUGCCACCUGAGCUUAGCAAGAAGACAGUGGAUGAGGUGUGGAAAGGCAUCCAGGAUGCACCGAAGAGAAAUGUCACAGAGAGUGGUAGGAGGAGACGGGAGCGGCAGCCGACACUUGGGGAGAUGACGCUUGAGGAUUUCUUGGUGAAAGCUGGGGUCGUCACCCAAGGAUAUCUGAAGGACUUGAAUGAUGUAGGCAAUGUGGAGCCGGUUGGUAGUGCUGGGCCUGCCGGUUUGACAGCUGGAGCACAGUGGUUAGACCACUAUCAGCACCAGAUUACAGCUAUCGAGCCCCAUCAGCAUGGGCAACACGGCGUGCCAGGUGCUUAUAUGCCGAGUCAGUUAGCCCUUCAGCCACUGAAUGUUGGGCCGGGUGCUAUUCUGGAAUCAUACUCUGAGGGCCAUAUUACUUCGCCAAUGAUGGGUGCACUUUCUGAUUCCCCAACACCUGGUAGGAAGCGUGGUGCCCCAGGAGAUGUGGCGGAUAAGUUGAUGGAGAGAAGGCAGAAAAGGAUGAUAAAGAAUAGGGAGUCAGCUGCUCGUUCAAGGGCUAGGAAGCAGGCCUACACUAAUGAACUGGAAAACAAGGUAUCUCGAUUAGAAGAGGAGAAUGAGAGGCUAAAGAGGCAAAAGGUACUAUGUCAUUCCCUUUUGCGAGAAAGCGUUGUUUUCUUGCUCCAUGUCAGGUUAUCUGAUAAGUGACAGGAAAUAUAUGUGAUUACCCUUACUAACACUUGGAUCUAUUUUAAUUCUCACUGUGAAGCUACUUUUAAGACCUGUAUUUAUAUAAACAUCACUAAACCUCCUAUAGUUUGUAACCUCCAUUUGCUUUAUAGUUGUAGCAUAUAUUUUGCUUCCAUUACUGGAGAUAAACCAUGUAAAACAUUUAUUGGAGUAGAUGCAUGUACCAAGGGCUAAUUCUUAUCUGUAAUUGUAGCUGACUAUUUGGGGUUAUCUUUUAUUUACCUUCUCAUCAAAAGUCCAAUAUUGUUAAGGUUAUGUUAUGAAUCACAGUCAUCAACAGGUUACAUUAUGCUAUGGUGGAUUAUGCGCCAAAAAGUAGAUCAACAUGUUCAUUGAAAAAUUCUGAGAGUCACUUUACAUUUUCUGGGGAUGUGAAUGUACAGCAACAUUCUGAUUUUCUGUCCUACAUCAGAAAGGGAUGGAUCUAAUCCCUCUAUAAUAGAGAGGUGUUGUUUGUUGUUAUCAUUUUGUUGUGGAAACUGUCUUUCUGAAGUUUUCCUGGAUGACUCAAAAGUCCUAUAAGUUUAGUUUUAGUGUAACUUGGUAUAUUUCAUAUGUUGAGUAUAUUUUGAACUGCAUAAGUUUGAGUUCUACUUUAUAUUACGGCUUCAGAUUUCACUUACAACUUCAGUAACAUUAUCACUACUACCGUUCUUAUCUUUAUAUAUGCUACUUUUGAUUGAUGAUUUGUAACUGCAAAUUCGGAAUUGAUAUCCUUAUAACGGUGAUAGUUAUAACUUUACAUUUUAUACGACCACCAAUUCAAUCAGUCUGUUGCUUGAUAGCCUUACCUAUGUGUUUUGGUAACCUUCAGUUGUAAUCCUAACAACAAUUACUGAUCCACAGCUCAAGCUUAGUUCUUGUUGAGGCGAUUUUGUUUUGUUGGUUGCAUAUAAUGAUGAUGCUGAUUGCAUUAGAUGGCUAUUUCAUUACUAAAUGAUUCUCUUACAGUUGUAGUAAGAUUAUUGGAAAUUGAGCUAGACUGAAGCAAUUUUCUGAUACUGUGUUCUCACAAUUUAUUUCCUGUGUGGCAAAAAAAAAAUCGAAACCGUGAUAAGCCCUCUGCCACUGAUGCAAAAACUCAGAUGCUUGCAAAUAAUUUGUUGGCUUGAUUUUUUGCUUGUUUUAUUCAAUUUAAUACAGUUCCCACAAUAGGUUAUCAUAUUCCUGUACUCCAAUGAAAUUAA